GUCUAUUCUGGGACUGACCACCACAGAACCUUGUGGCCAAGUGGGUCUGGAAAGGCAGUUCACCUUGCCUGGGAGCCAGCUUUUUGAACAUCCUCAAUGGGAUGGAAAAUGGAGCCGCACAGCAGAGUGAUAGAACUAGCCCAGCCCAAAGACCCUAAAACCAUCUGGCUGACCACGCACUGGUAUGUGAGAUGGGGAAAUCAGGAGCCAAUAGUGCCAGUGUCAUUGGCUGCUCUCAAAGCAGUUCCAACCACAAGAGUGAGAACACUGGCACAGCCCAAGAAAGACUUCAAACUUCUUCAAACCAGGGAAGAAGAGAAACUCCUCCAUAGUAGGAGGUCGUCUUCCGCCCACAAGGCCUCCCAGUAUGAGCACAUUAUCCGCCUCUCAACACCCAAGAGGAGAUCCAUCAGCUCCCAGGAAAACAGAACCCCCCACACACCUUGGUGUGAGCACAACUGCCCGAUCUGGCAUGUGUACCCCAAGGCCCAGAGCACCUACCUCUCUCCACGCUUACGCCAACUGGCCAGCCCCAAACUCAACCAUCCUGACUUCCGAAGCAACAGGGAGACGGUGGAGGGCUACAUAUCACUGCCGGCGAGGAGCGGACAGGCCACGCCGAGGCUGGAUAUGCUGGCCAUGCCCAAAAGGCAAGAGAGCGGCAUGUUCUACGAUCGAGGCCGGCCGGAGAAGCCCAUUUGGGCAGUAUCAAAGGCCGCAAUGCAGGCAAGGGCGAGUCCUCGCGUUGACGAACUCUCACAACCAAAGCCGCUGAACAAGGACUACCUUCCUCCAAAGGAGCUGUUUUAAAAUACUCAAAAAUGAUAAGCCGCAUGGAAGCACAUGUGUACCAGGGGCCUAUUCUAAGAUGC